AGGCUUCUCUGUUCAGUGCAGUUCGACAGGAUUAUGAUAUGGAAAUAACGUCGGUAAUUUUCCUUAUCGCGGUUAUAACAAGGAAAUUGUGUAGGUUAACAACCGGAGGCGCGACAGUGGCUAGAGGCUAGGGUUGUGUGGAACUCACUACAGUUAUCUACGAGAUAAUUAACUUUUUCUGAUAGCUGUCAUCUUAUUUUUUUUAAAAUGAGAUUAUCACCGUCGAUAGUAUCCGUAUAUAAUCAUCGUUUCUGUUCCAUACAGAGUUUGACAGUCGCCUGAAGACGCACUCAAAAAUCUCAGCGGUUUUUAGUGUAUAUUGGAAGAUUGCGACAGAGACGGACAACCAUGAGUCAUUUUCGAUGGUCGUUUAUAGGUAUUUUUGUUGGGGUUUUAGUGUGCGCUACGCCAUACGUUAGCGCUAACCCACAGGAGAGCGCUUUCUUGGAGGACAUUCUAGCGGUUUACGGCGAAAACGGUUUAAUCGACCACAGUGCAAUUAGGGUUUUACUGAAAAGAAUUGUUCAAGAAAAUCCUACAGCUCUGGAAAAGGAGUCCGUCCAUGCUCAGUGCUUGUCUGCGGAGGAACUCCUCGCGCUCUACGGGCUCGGCAACGUCACACACCUGGACAAGGCCCACCUGGAGACCGUGUGCCCUGCCCUGCUAAACCAGCUGCUGCUGCCCCCCUGCUCUCGGGUGUCGGCCGCGCGACUCAGCCACAUCGAGCCGCACGUAUGGGGAUAUGGCUUCCUGGCCGUUACAAUCAUCAACCUGUUCUCCCUCCUGGGUCUUCUCCUUAUCCCCUUCACUAAGAAAGCCUACUUUCCCAAAGUGCUCACGUACUUCAUCGGCCUGGCGAUCGGGACGUUGUUCUCCAACGCUGUGCUGCAGCUCAUACCUGAGGCUCUGGGGUUUGACCCGAAAUUGGACAACUACAUCCAGAAAGCGGUUGGGAUCUUCGGGGGUUUCUACCUGCUUUUCUUCAUGGAGAAGAUUCUGCAGAUGGUUCUGAAGACAGAUCAUGAGCACGGCCACAGUCAGUUCAGCCCUGCGGCGGUUCCCCAGCAGAACGGGGGCACCGUGAUCGCCGUCACCAGCUUCAGCACGGCGCACAGCGACAAGACCAGCACGACGUCAGAUCCUGCCGAAGAGCGGGUGUCGCCCGAGUCCCAGCAGGUGAUGGCGUCCCACCGCAGCCUGUGCCGGUGCCUGGCAGUCCAUCAGCUGUCCGGCGUGAAGACGGUGGCGUGGAUGAUCACACUAAGCGACGCCGUGCACAACUUCAUCGACGGCCUGGCCAUCGGAGCGUCCUUCACCAUGUCUGUCCUCACCGGCUUCAGCACGUCCUUAGCUAUCGUCUGCGAGGAGUUCCCUCAUGAGCUUGGCGACUUCGUGAUCCUGCUCAACGCGGGCCUGAGCGUACCACAGGCGGCUUUCUUCAACCUGUUGUCGGCCAUGUCCUGCUACUUGGGACUGGUGCUCGGGGUGCUCUUGGGGAGCGCGUUCGCGCCCAACCUCAUCUUCGCCUUUGCCGGCGGCAUGUUCCUCUACAUCGCGCUGGCCGAUAUGUUCCCCGAGAUGAACGGCAUUGCCAAAGAGCAGCCACGGAGCACGAAGACGGACGUUAUGUUUUUUGUCAUCCAGAACACUGGCCUCCUGACAGGAUUUCUCGUCAUCUUCCUCAUAACCAUGUUUGCUGGGGACAUCAGCCUGGGCUGAGCGGUUCCCUCCUUCCACACCGCUAAGUGCCUGUCCCGCUCCGCGAUGCAACACUGCGCGCCUUAGCCAUUAACGAGCCAACAUAGCCGCCAAAAAACAGUAAACGGUGUGAAACCGAGACUGGUAAUAUUUUCAAAGAUAUGCUAAAACCGAUCAGGAACUAACACUCUCACAGAUUAACAUUUUUUAAAACACGUAGAAGUUGUCUAAGCAUUUUAUGUAUGUUUCUUUUUUAUAUAUCACUAUGGAAAAUAAAUUACAAGCAAUUAACGAUGAACUAUCAACAUAAUGACCUAAAAAUAAUCUGUUAAUUUGUAAUAAUCUGGUAACAAACUGAUUUGUAAUAAUUUGGUAACAAGAUGAUAAUUGACUAGUCUGAUUUGGAUAAGAUUAUACUUGGCAAUUGAGUAGGCAGUUUAAUAUCUUGGUACAGAGUUGUAGCCGGUUUACAAAAUUAUCCUGCCUAAAACACAGAGUUUAACAGGCAGUGUCUAUGCUUGUGUAGUUAGUGGGGCUGGGAAUUCAGAAUGACCGAAUUGGCCAAUAGCAGCACCUGGACAGAGGAUCAGUCACUAUGAACAGCCAAUCAGGAGAACACAGUUGGUAUGAGUAGCCAAUCAAAGUGGUAGCCAAUCAAUCAUGAGUAGCCAAUCAAAGAACUACAGGAGACAGAACACUCAGUGCUGUAUCAAAAUGUCCAAAUUUAUAUUUUCUUUCUGCUGAGGACAUACUUUUCUUAUACAUCUGAUAUCUAUACAUUUAUUGUUUAACAUUCAUUUAGCACAGAAUAUUGUUCAGUACAGUCAGUGCAAUAUUCUUUGCAGUUAAAAUUAAAAACCUUUCGAAAAUAUACUUCUACUGUAUAUUAUAGUUCUCAGAACAUUAAUCAUACAUUUCAGUAAAAAAAAAAAAAUAAUAAUAAAAAAAAUCAAAAACCAAAACAUUGUCACAUCAGUAAAUAUUCUAAGUUAAGGACAGAACUGGUUGAGCAACGUGAUGGGGAGGCACAGAAGCUCUGAAGACCUAGAACAGCACGGCACUGCAAUAUCCACUGAGGGAUUAACACAGGAGAAGCUACCUUUUUACACUGAGCUCAGAUCAGUCCCACAGAUUAGAUUUACUACACGGAGGGCGGCACGGAGAGCGCGUGGGUCUCGCCGAGGUCCUGAGAGUUCGGGUGAGCGCUAUGUCCUCUGUGGAAAAGCCCGGUUCUGGUUUCAUUCCUCCCUCUACACCUCUCAUCCCCUCUUUCAAAUCCCACUCUUCUACCCAAACAGUUCCGCUGACGCGUUUCAUCCACGCAGACCAACACCGUGCCAAUUUAUAAAAGGUCAAGUGGCUUCUGGAGCCAAAUAUUGAGAAACAGAUUUUUUUUUCACUUAAGGUCAGUGUAAAAAGGUCUGCUCCUGUCCCAUCGGGACAAAAAUACAUACAGUACAUCGACAUCAACUCAGUUCUACAAGCACUAGGGUGAGGCACUACAAGGGGGAUUAUCAAUUUGAACUCUAUUUCCUAUGAUUAAUUACAAAGAAUUCUAAUUCUAUGACUUCCAUGUACAGUUGGAGUCUGGAACGCAUCAGAAUUCUGUUCUACUAUGCAGAAGCAGAAUUUUAUUUCCGUGAUUCGCUACAGAAGGAAGGAAAGCUCCCGGCCAAUGGCCUGGGUGAGCCGAAAGCAGAGCAGCAGAGCGCAAGGGCACCUCCUGAAGGAGCCCCGGGGAACAGCAGGUGGCUUUGCUUGCGGAGGUGAACGGGUGCAAAUAAGCCAGACGGGUUCAGAACACCAGUACACCACCACUGGUGACCACUCUAAGUGAACCAGACGUUCACGUCGGUCAGCAGAAACUCUUCCUGGAAUAUGUCUGGAUGGUGAGACCAGACUUAGCUGGGUGUUAAGGCUUUAACUCUUGAAGUCGCAGGUACAGAUAAGUCCCUUGGCAGUUGUAAAGUUCCCUGCCCCACUUUUAAAACUUGGUGGGAGGUAUGGGUUCGGGAGCAACCCGAGGUGAAGGUGUCGGAGGAAGACACUAAGCAGUUUGCUUGUUCCAAACUGCCUACACAUGUCGAGCAAGAAGGGGAGGGAUCUUUGCACCGCGCCCACGUGUGCUGAACAAGAAGGGGAGGGAUCUUUACACCGCGCCCACGUGUGCUGAACAAGAAGGGGAGGGAUCUUUACACCGCGCCCACGUGUGGCCAACAAGAAGGGGAGGGAUCUUUACACCGCGCCCACGUGUGGCAAACAAGAAGGGGAGGGAUCUUUACACUGCCACUACAGGUUAACUGAGCAGUACAUCAUAAGGUCAGCUUCACAGAACAGGACUGACCAGUCACUGUACAACAAAUUCAUGUAUGCAGUACAACAUCUCAUAAA